AUGGAGUUUGGUCCAUUGUUGUAUGCACUGUUAUCAGUCACUCUUUUAUAUUUCAUUAUCUCCUUGCCGAGUGGGCUAUACAGACAAAAACUGCGCCAUAUACCGACUGUGGGCGGGCCGUCUCUGCCUAUUAUCUCAUACUAUGGUGCUUUCAGGUUCCUUUUUCAUGCGCGAGAAAUCAUGCAGGAGGGAUAUGCAAAAUACAAAGGCGGCAUAUUCAAAUUUUCUGAGCUGGGGCACUGGCGUGUGAUUGUGACUGGACCUAAGCUUGUCGACGAGUUUCGCAGGGCUCCAGAAAGCGUUCUGUCCAGCUCAGAAGCCCUAAGAGAGAUGAUCGGAUUGGACUAUACACUUGGAUUAGGCAUGAUCCACGAUCCCUACCAUGUGCAGGUGAUUCGUUCUCGGCUCAAAGGCGAUCUCGGUUCCAGCUUCCACGAAGUUCGGGAUGAAAUUGUUGCAUCAUUGAAUGACGAGCUUCGUUCUGGCAGCGACGGAAACUGGUCUCGUGUUCCUGUGAUGAAGAUGGCCUACGAGGUAGUGUGCAGGGCAAGCAACCGACUGUUUAUCGGUUUACCGAUAUGCAGGGAUCCUGACUACUGUGCCCUUAACAAGUCAUUCGCACGCGACAUAACCGCAUGUGCGAAAGUGUUCAGAAUUACCCCCAAAUUUCUCAAACCUGUUGUCGCACGUUUAUUGCCGGAUGUAUCGAAAGGUAUCGAUCGUGGAGUUAGACACCUUGAGCCUAUAAUCUCAAAACGACUUCGAAUGCUGGAGGAUCUGGGGGAUGAAUGGACGGAUCGGCCGAACGACAUGCUCCAGUGGCUGAUCGAAGCGGCACGGGGAGAGGAACGCACUGUCCGUGCACUAGUCAUUCGUGUCCUUGCAGUCAAUCUUGCGGCCCUUCAUACGACGGCGGUGAGCCUCACUAUGGCUCUGUUCUACUUGGCAGCGUUUCCUCAGUACAUUGGACCUCUGCGGGAUGAAGUCGAGAACGUCGUCCGAGAGCAUGGAUGGACCAAAGCUGGAUUGGAUCAAAUGAACAUGGUUGAUAGUUUCCUCAGGGAAGUGAUGAGAGCUUCGGGAAUGAGCACCGGGACCAUGUCGAGAAUAGCUUUAAAGGACUACACGUUCUCGGACGGUACCUUCAUUCCUGCAGGCACGCAUCUCAUGACACCUAGCGGACCAAUCUUUGCCGACGACACAGUCUAUCCGGGUGCAUCGGAAUUCAAUCCAUGGCGCUUCUCGGAGAUGGGCGACCAAGGCGAUCAUGUCAAAUUGGUGAACACCAACGUGAAUUUCCUGUCCUUUGGCCACGGGGGUCAUGCAUGCCCGGGACGCUUCUUCGCAUCGAUCAAAAUGAAGAUGGUACUUGCGCACAUUGUGAUGAAUUACGAUGUGAAAAUGGAGCGGGAAGGCGUCAUCCCCCGUUCGACCAGAAUAGGCCAUAUAUGCGUGCCGAGCACAAGGGCGGAAAUGUUGUUUCAGCAGAGAUCACCGCAUUCUAGGGCAUGA